AAACCCUGAGGACCAAAUUCCCAAAUCUGCUAAACCUUAACCGCGACUUCAUUGUCGUUCUUCUUCACUCAUACUGUCCGAAGCUGUGCGGUUUGUGGUGGCGGCGCUGCUUAUCUUCAACGGCAAAAAGUUAAUUGGAGAUCUCACUUAGAUGGAAAUCAAGGCAGAUGGAAGUGAUGGAUCGUUGGUUUUAAUCAAGCAAGGAGCUGAGGCUAGGGUAUUUGAGUCAACAUUUGUGGGUAGUAGAAGGUGUAUUAUCAAGGAACGGUUUUCAAAGAAAUACAGGCAUCCAACUUUGGACUCAAAGCUCACUCUUAAACGGUUGAAUGCGGAGGCAAGGUGCAUGACAAAAGCUAGACGGCUUGGUGUUGUUACUCCAGUGUUGUAUGCUGUUGACACUGUUAUGCAUACUCUCACCUUCGAAUAUGUUGAAGGUCCUUCUGUGAAAGAUAUAUUGCUUGGCUUUGGACUAGUUGGAGUUGACGAAGAACAGAUGGCUGAUAUUACAGCACAGAUUGGUAAUGCUAUUGGAAAACUUCACGAUGGUGGCCUAGUCCAUGGCGAUUUGACAACAUCAAACAUGUUACUGAGGAGUUCUGCCAAUCAGCUGGUGCUGAUUGACUUUGGUCUAAGCUUUACUUCAACUCUUCCAGAAGAUAAAGCAGUUGAUUUAUAUGUACUAGAACGUGCUUUACUCUCUAUGCACUCUUCUUGUGGAAAUGUGAUGGACCGGAUACUUGCUGCAUAUAGGAAGUCCUCAAAGCAGUGGUCAUCAACCUUGAACAAGCUAGCCGAAGUGAGGCAAAGAGGAAGAAAGCGAACAAUGGUUGGUUGAGCCUCUCCAGUUCUGCACUCUACGUUGAGUGAAAACAUCAGAUGCCAUGGGGCAGGAGAAACCGAAAAACUUGCUUAUUGCAAAGACCAAUCUGUAUUUGUUGCAGUCUUGAUUAUUGAUAGAUGCUACCCACGUUACUUGUUUGAAGUUGCUUUGUAUCUACUAUUCUCUGCAUUCUUAUUCAACUCUGGCUAUCUGGCCGGCCCAAUGAUUAUUUCUUUUCUUUUUUCGUAAA